AUGGCAUCUUCUUCCUCCAAAUUGACUCUGAAAUUGCUUAUUGAUUCAAAGCGUGAGAAGGUCCUUUUCGCAGAAGCCUCAAAAGCAGUUAUAGACUUUCUCUUUAGCUUGCUCUGCUUGCCUAUUGGUACUGUCAUUAGGAUUCUGAACAAGAAUCAAAUGGUUGGGUCCUUAGGCAAUCUGUAUGAGAGUGUUGAAAAUCUGGAUGAAACUUACAUGCAACCACAGCUGCAUAAGGAUCUGCUGUUGAAGCCAAGUGCCUCCGUUUCUUCACAAAUCUCAGGCCUUCUUCCUUCAAUCAAUGACACUUCUUCUAACACCUCUACCAACGUGUUCUACAGGUGCCCAAGUCACUAUGCUUACGUCACAUGUGAUAACACCACACGUUGUCCUCACCAAUGUGGGAAUAUGAACAGUGUAAUGCAAUUUGUUGGUGAAAAGGUUGCAAAUGUUCAAAAUUCUGCCGACAAGAGUGGUUUUGUGAAAGAGGUAGUAACUUACAUGGUGAUGGAUGAUUUAGUGAUUCAGCCCAUGUCAAGCAUCUCAAGCAUUACCUUACUCAACAAAUUCAACGUCAAAGAGGUUGGCGUCUUGCAGGAAAAGGUGGUCGAGUUGGACAUGAACAAGGGUGUGGAUCUGCUCAAGGCUUCUAUGGAGUCGAAGAUGGUAUUGACAACUGUUUUUCUCAAGAAAUGCACCUGA